AUGAGAUACAGUCUUGUUGCCAUUGCGGCGACUGCCCUCCUAGGCAGUGUGUCUGCACGAGGACACUCCCACCGCCGCCACGCCCAUGCUGCCCAUGUCGAUUUGGCACCCCGCGAGAUUGUUCCUGAAGUCGUUCCGGAUGAGUGUGUUUGCUCUACCUAUGUCACCUCAUACUUAGUUGAGGUCACUCUCACCCCUGAGCCGACUAUCGUCUCCGAUGCCACCACUACUGUCCAGGCAGUAAAGACCGUUGUCCCCAUUGGCGAAGUUGAUGCUACAUACUCAAUUCCCCCAGCUGAAGGUUCAGGUGUCCCUGGCUCCGGUGUCCCUGGAACUGGCGAGGGUGUUGCUUCCUCGGGCGCUGCUGGUGUUCCUUCAUAUGGCUCAUCCACUGGUGUCCCAGCCGUCGGUGCUCCAUCUGGUGCUCCUUCAACUGGUGUUCCUUCAACCGGUACAUCAACUGGUGUCCCAGCCGUCGGUGCUCCAUCUGGUGCUCCUUCAACUGGUGUUCCUUCAACCGGUACAUCAACUGGUGUCCCAGCUGUCGGGGCUCCAUCUGGUGUUGCCCCCACUGAUGAGCUUACCACAACUAUCUCCAGCACCGUCACACACACCGAGACCUCAACGUCUUUGACUACCAUCACUACUUACUCGUCAGAGGUGGAUGCAGUCUCGUCAGUCUCUGAUGUUGCUUCAGCUCCUGCCACUACUCCAGCUGGACCUGCCACUACUCCAGCUGGACCUGUCCCAACCCAGCAGGUGACCACCAUUGCUACCCCCGGUAUCUACACCAUCCCAGCCACCACAGUGACAUUGACAAGCACCGAAGUUGUCUGUGUCCCUGAGACCACUUCGCUCCCCGCCGGUCAGCAGACCUACGGUGGUGUUACCACCAUCGUCGAGACUUCAACCACUGUUGUCUGCCCGCUUGCCACUGUUGAGGUUGAUGAUGGCGUUACUACCAGCAAGAUCUACACCACCACCUACAUCUGCCCGACUGCUGGUACUUACACCAUUGGCGCUACCACUACUGAUGUCCCUGCACCAACCACUGUCGAGUACCCAGUACCAACCGCCUACGCUCCUGGAACCUACGUCCAGCCUGAGGUUGUCACCACCAUCACUGUCACUUCUCAGGUUGUCACUUGCCCGCUCUUCACCGCCGCUCCUACUUCUGAUGCCACCAGCACUGCCGUUGCCGUUGUUCCUACCACCACUGCUGCCCCUGCGGUCCCAACUUCCACCACCGGCUCAACUACUGCCCCCGCUGACUCCAUCGUUUCAAGUGUCUCCAGCGUUGUCGCUACUGUUAUCCCUUCGACCUCUGUUUCUUCCGCCGCCCCUGCCGUGUCUUCCGCCGUCGGUGAGAUUACCUCCAACGGCGGUCUCUGGGCCAUUACUUACUCUCCAUACGCCAACGGCGGUGGAUGCAAGACCGCUGAUGAAGUCGAGACCGACAUUGCUUCAAUUGCCUCCAAGGGAUUCCAGAACAUCCGUAUCUACUCCACCGACUGCUCCGGUCUCGAGAAUGUUGGUGGCUCUGCUGAGAAGCACGGCCUUGGAUUGAUUCUUGGUAUUUUCCUCAAGGCUGGCUGUGGCUCCACUGGUGCCGACCAGGUUAAGGAUAUCAUCGCCUGGGGCAAGUGGGACAUGAUUGUCUUGGUGGUCGUUGGUAACGAGGCUGUCUUCAACGGGUACUGUUCCGCAUCCGAACUGGCCGGCUACAUGACCAGCGUCGCCUCCGAAUUUAAGAACGCUGGUUACUCUGGCCCUGUUACUACCACUGAGCCCUUGAACAUCCUCCAGUCUUACGGUGCUUCCGACCUUUGCUCUGCUAUGGAUGUUAUUGGUGUUAACAUCCACCCCUUCUUCAACGCUGGUACCGCUGCCUCUGACGCUGGUACUUUCUUGUCCAGCCAGGUCGCUCUCACUGAGGCGGUCUGCUCUGGAAAGAAGGCUUGGGUCCUUGAGUGCGGUUGGCCCUCAUCCGGUGAGGCUAACGGUCUCGCCGUCCCUGGUGUCGCUGAACAAGCCACUGCCGUCACCGCCAUGGUUGCCGCUAUGCCUGGACGUGUCGCAUACUUCACCUUCACUGAUGACUACUGGAAGGCACCUGGUGCCUACAAUGUUGAGCAGCACUUCGGUCUUGCUCAGCUUUUCGCUUCAUAG